CUAGGUGUAGCCCACCUGACUCCACGGCAGAGACCUCCCGUCUGCCUGGGUGGAGCCCUCCUGACUCCUGUCUGCCGGGGUGGAGCCCAGAAUCAUGGCCUGGCCUCCGCUAAAAGGCCUGCACACACCUGUGCAAUCAGCACGCUGGCUGCUCCCAAAAUAUGGGUCCAGGAUUAAAGAUUUCAUCCCUCCCAAAUCUCUAAGAAAUCUCCAGGCUACAGGUCCCAAAACAGGCUUUACCAACCAAAGAGGAAACUGAUAAACCAGUUUCCUCUGCAUUAGGAGAUCUGCCUGGAGCCCCUCAAC